GUCAAGCUCAUUCAUCAGUCUAAAGCGAACGACGAAGCAUCGCAGGAAGCGGAACACCCGUACACAUUCGACCCCUGUUCGUGUGUUGACAUUGAAGGACGGGCAGUAGCGCGGAAACGAGAAGCGGCUGCCUUGCUGGAGUCGAGCCCGAGAGGAUAGCGGCGUUGAGCGGCCAUACACAUCCAACCCCUGCUUGUGUGUUGGCAUUGGAGGACUAGCAGUAGCGUGGGAGCAAAAAGCGGAGCCGAGCCCGAGACGGCAGUGGCGUUGGGGGUGAAUCUCAUUGUGUCGCAUUCGUUGAAGUGAGGCAGCGGCAGCUUCGUUAUACCAACCCAACGGUCUUCUGCCAAGCUUCGGCGGCGGCGAUACUGCUGAGAAAAAAAAAUCAUCGAAACAACGGCCCUUAUCAGGGCCACCGAGGAAACGGCUUUACGUGCUGUCUGUUGGCAGCAACAAAAAAAAAACAACAACAAAGGCCCUUUGUCAGGGCCACUGAGAGGAAACGAGUACAGCGGCAACAGCAACAUGCUGACAUCCGACUACGACAAUGGCGCAACCGGUAGGAGGGCCGAAUCACCAGAGAAGUUCAUCAAGAUAAUAAAACGGAAGGCAGCUACAAAAAUUGCGGAGGAACUUUCAAAAGUAAAGGCAGAACUAGAGAAAACCCGAAUGGAAAAGGACGAGUUAAGCCGGAUUCUGGCAACUAAAGGCCAAGAGGAUAACGAGUUUGCACAAGCCAGAUCGAGCACAAUUCGUGAGGAACAUUCUGCCAAUGAGACGCUACUUAUGACAAUGAACAAUAUGUCAUUGGGCAGUCUCAAUAUCCCCGAAUGCGUGCCUGCAACAGGUGAAUCGGAGCUAAGCAAGCGAGAUUACGAUCACUGGAAGAAUGUACUGAACGCUUCCUUGAAUCUCAUUCAAGCUGUUGACGAGCCACCACACAAUGCGACAUGCCGAACGAGCGAGAAUUCCCAUACUCGAAUGCAAUUGCUAGACUCGAUGCUCAUUUCGGCUCAAGGGCUUACAUGUUGUCGCAGAGAAUUGACGGUACCAGGAGAAUUGAACAUGGCUGAUGCAUUAUCUCGUUUAGUAACAGAAUCACAGGCGACUGAAUCUUUCGAUGAAUCCCACGAAAAACACCUUCUCUAUUAUCUGGAUACCGGCUCAAUGGAGUUUACCUGGGAUGACAUAGAGACCGAAGCUGAAAGAGACGCAGAACAAAUCCUGAUACGUGAGUCGAUAAGAACCAACUGUUGGGAAAAGAAUCUAAAGAGGUAUGAAUCAGAAGCAAAGAAUCUAAGGGUACUCGGGGCCCUCGUUUUUAAGAAUGAUCGUGUGGUUCUUCCGUAUGCUCUUCGAGAGCGUGCUAUGAGUUCCGCUCAUCAAGGACAUAUGGGGGCAUCUUCGAUGAAGAAGAUUUUAAGAAAUUGUUUCUGGUGGCCAUGCAUGUCCAAACAUGUAGAAACGUUCGUGAUGGGCUGCGAAACAUGUUUCCGGUUGUCUAAGAAGAAUCCACCAGUUCCUUUGACCAGUUGCGAUUUACCUGACGGGCCAUGGGGAAUUAUGCAGGUGGAUUUCUUCUCAUUCAAGGACUGUGGAUCGGGAGAGUUUCUGGUUGUGGUAGAUGUCUAUUCUAGGUAUCUACAUGUUGUAGAAAUGAAACAAAUAGAUGCGGACAGCACAAAUGCAGCAUUAAGCAGGAUUUUCGAAGUCUGGGGAUAUCCCAUUGCUAUCCACAGCGACAACGGUCCUCCAUUCCAAGGAGAAAAGUUCAUCAAGACGUGGGAAAACAGAGGAGUAAAAAUAAGAAAAGCAAUCCCCUUAAGUGCUCAGUCGAAUGGUGCCGUAGAGCGCCAAAAUAAGGGAUUGAAAGACACCCUUGCAGCUGCAAAGAUAGACAAGGUCAAUUGGAAAAUGGCUCUAGAACAAUAUUUGCAUAUGCACAACAAGGUUCGACCUCUUUCAAGACUCGGUGUAACACCAUUCGAACUUCUUGUGGGGUGGAGAUUUAGAGGAACGUUCCCAUUCCUCUGGGAAGCACUGCCGGCAGAUCAUCUGGAUCGAACAGACAUUCGUGAGAAAGAUGCAAAAUCUAAGAUGGAUAGCAAGCAAUAUGCUGACUUGAUCAGAGGAGCAAGAGAAUCGAACAUUUCCGUUGGGGAUAGGGUGCUUCUAGCACAAAGCACUAAACAGAAAGGUGACCCAACAUUUUCAGAAGAUCGUUACACUGUUAUAACCAGAGACGGAGCAAAAAUUGUGGUACAGAGUGACAGAGGUGUACAAUACUCAAAAAAUAUUCAGGAUGUUAAAAAAGUUCCGAUCAACCUUCGUGAAAAUCGCAACAUGGAAACAUCAGAUUUGGACGAGAACUCUGCUGAAGUCGAACCUCCUAUUUAUCUGCAAGAAGACGAGUUGCCGAUUGAAAAACCUAAGCGUACGAGAAAAAAACCAUCGCGUUUUGAUGAUAUGGUUUUAUUUUGCGUGUUCGACUGA